AGCUACCACUCCGACAACCAUGGCUUUAUAAGGGAGCAAAAUAUGAGCACUUUUGUGGCCUAACUCACACCAUGAGAACUCCUCAAGUUGCUCCAAUACAAUUACACCCAACGAUUCCUAUAUCCUACUAUAACACUCCUGUCUACUUGUGCUCGCCGAAAUGGCCGGAGAAAUCAAAUUCCAGACUGUUUUUGCCGCAAUCCGGCAACGAGAAGCAUGUUUGUGUUACUGGGGGUGGCUCUUUUAGCCUUAUCCUAGUGAAGGAGCUUCUAAGUAGAGGAUACACAGUACGCCUCACUGUACAUAGUGAAGGAGAGAUGGAAACAAUGGAAAAAAUAGAAGAUCUAUGGAGUGUAGAGAAGCUCUCAGCAAAAAUGUCAGAUAUUGAAAGUUUAUGCGAUGCUUUCCAAGGGUGCGGUGCUGUGUUUCACACGUCUUCCUUCAUCGACCCACAUGGUCUCUCCGGCUACACGGAGAGAAUGGCCAGCUUGGAAAGCAAAGGAGCUGAAAAUGUGAUUAAAGCAUGUGCAAAGGCACGUGUGAACAAGUGCAUCCUCACCUCCUCUCUCUUGGCUUGCAUUUGGCAAUCCCCAACCACCGCCACCACCACCACCACCACCACGAUAGACGAGUCAUUUUGGAGCGACGAAGCCCUUUGUAGGGAAAACAAGCUAUGGCUAGCAUUGGGAAAGACAACAGCAGAGCAGAAGGCAUGGAGAUUGGCAGAAGAAAGGAAAGUGAAAAUGGUGUCAAUAUUACCUGGUCUUAUCCCACCAGUCUCUCUUCACUCCAAUCUUGCUACUUCAGUGGCCUAUCUAAAAGGUGGGAGACACAUGCUGGAGAGAGGACUGCUGGCUACCAUAGAAGUCACUAAAGUUGCUAAAGCUCAUGUUCACAUCUAUGAGAAGAUGGACUAUAAAGCUAAGGGAAGGUUUUUGUGCUUUGAUAAGGUGAUCAAUCAAAAUGAGGACAUCUUGGACCUGGAGAAAAAGUUUGGAAUGUGUGGCCAACUAUUAGGAGGGACUCUGCCUUGUGAAUAUUAUCACCCUAUUUUGACCAAUUCCAAGCUUUUGCAGCUGAUUCCAUCAAUGUGAGCAAGUAAUUGCAAAGGUAUUUUAGUAAUAUCAAAUUUUUGGGGGCACUACUUUAAACUUUAAGUGAUUAUGGGUAUUAUACUUUUUCGAACAUAGGAAUAAAGGAAGGAAAAUUGUUUUAUGCGGGUUGAACCGUAUAACUACA